AUGGAGAAUGAUGUGAUUAUUGGGAGGGAUGAUGAUAAGAGGAAUUUGAUUAAUAUGUUACUAGACACUACUGUUGAGGAGAAUGUUUCUAUUGUCACCGUUUUUGGGAUCGGAGGGUUAGGGAAAACAACUCUUGUGCAACUUGUCUAUAAUGAUGGCAGGAUUCGAGAAGAGUUUCCUUUGAAGAUGUGGGUUUGUGUAUCUGAUGAUUUCAAUGUCAAAUUGCUUGCCGCUCAAAUUCUUGCAGUUGCAACCAACCAGGCUGGUCCAACUGAUGGCCUAACAAUGGACCAACUUCAGAAAAAGCUUCGACAAGUACUUGAAAGGAAUAAGUUUCUACUUGUUCUGGAUGAUGUUUGGAAUGAGAAUUAUGAAGAAUUGCAUAACAUAAAAACUUUGUUGGCUGGAGGUGGAAUAGGUAGCAGAGUUUUAGUGACUUCGCGAUCUAAAAAGGUUACUGAUGUUGUGGGAAGUUGUAAGACGCAGGAAUUGAAGGGUCUCUCAGAUGAUGAAUCUUUGGCUUUAUUUCAGAAAACGGCACUCAAACCAAAGGAUUAUCCAAUGAAGCCGCAAUUAGCUAUUAUUGGAAAAGAGAUUGUUCGAAAGUGUGCAAAUGUUCCACUUGCCAUUAGGGUGGUUUCAAGCCUUCUUCGAGGUCAAGGUGAAAGUAAGUGGGAGAAUUUAAAAGAUACUGACUUGACAAACUUAAUACAAGAUGAGUUCAAUGGCAUAGUACCUGUGUUGAAGAUCAUUUACAAUUAUCUUCCAUUCCAUUUGAAGCAAUGUUUCAGUUACUGUGAUGUAUUCCCCAAGGAUUACAAGAUUGUCAAAAUGGACUUGAUCCAUCUUUGGAUGGCUCAAGGAUUCAUUAUGCCGUCAAAUGGAGAGAGUUUUGAAGAUGCUGGUAAGGAUUAUUUCAAGCAGUUGCUGCAAAGGUGCUUCUUUCAAGAUGUAGACUUAGCUGAAGGUACUCUUGAUGAAGCUAUAUCAUGCAAAAUGCAUGAUCUGGUUCAUGAUCUUGCUAAAGAUGUAGCAGGAACAGAAAUAUUGUCGUGCAACUAUUGGAGACAAAAUAAUGCCGAAAAAACUCACCAUGUAUUUCUUGAUAGAAGUACCUCAAAAGGUCUCUUUUCUGAUAAUUUAAUCGAGAUGAAAAGAACACGUACAUUUCUAAUUGAUGAGGGUUAUUUACCAUGUACAUUAUUUGUGCUUGAUGUGGUGGAUCUUUUCGAGAAGAUAUCAAAAAUGAAAUGUUUAAGGGCAUUAAGCUACAAUGCGAAUUAUCUUGUCACCAGAACAUUGCUAAGUGCAAUAGGUAAAUUAUUGCAUCUUAGAUAUCUAGAGCUUUCACAUAAUCAAUAUCUCCUUGUGUUUCCCUCAUCCAUCACUAAUAUUUAUAACUUGCAAACAUUGAAGUUGUAUUGGUGUCAGAAACUAGAAAGGUUACCAAUGAAAUUAGGGAAAUUAGUUAAUCUUAGGCACUUAGAUAUAUAUGGUUGCUCGAUUUUGAUUUGUAUGGCUCCAGAUAUGAAUAGAAUGACAUAUCUACAUAAUUUGACAGGGUUUGUAGUUGGUGGAACAAGUAAUGUUUGGUGUAGUGGGUCAACUGGUGAGCUUGUAAAUCUGGAAAUUUUUUCUAUGCAUAGUGAAAUUCUGGAAAUAUCAGUUCAAGAAGGUGUGAGAUACAAUGCUGUAGAAGCAAGGGAACAGGGAUUUCAAUCUAAAAGUCAGAGAUUAAGAGAAAUCAAGUAUUAUUGGCGGGAUGAUAAUGGAAGUGAUGAAAGUGAUAAUGCUGAAGCAUUGCUGCAAAGCCUACAGCCCAACUCGUAUCUUAGAAGGUUAGAGUUGUGGAAUUAUUCGGGAGUGAGGCUCCUAAUCUGGAUGAUGAAUCUCAAAAGUUGUCUCCCAAAUCUUGUUGUAAUUCAGAUUCGUGGCUGUAGAAGGUUGGAGCAUCUUCCAUGGAUGAGUCAACUGCAUCAUUUGAAAAUACUUAUAUUAAAUGAUUUGCAUGGAGUGGAGUAUAAGGAGGGUAAUAUUAUUAGUGGAGAUGAAGAUGAAGAGUUGGUGUUCUUUCCAUCCCUUGAAAAUCUAAAGCUUUGGCAUGUGCCAAAUUUGAAGGGAUGGUGGAAGCUGGAAUUAGGGAAGGGUGAGACAUCACGAGUUGAAAUGCUUUCUUACCUUAGAAUACAAGAUUGA